AUGGAAACACUUGCUACUGUUUUUAAUCUUGUGCUUCUUUUGAUUGUGAAUCUUGUAUUCAAUGGAAUUGGAGCUGAUUCGAACUUGAGCUGUAUCAAGAGGGAGAGAGAUGCACUUCUCAAGUUCAAGCAAGGCCUCACAGAUGAUUCAGGCCAAUUGCUUUCUUGGAUUGGAGAAGACUGUUGCACAUGGAAGGGAGUAAGCUACCUCUCCCAUAAUUACCUGAAUGGUAGUGUUCCGGAAAGCGUUGGACAGCUUUUCAAUCUUGAGUUUUUGAAUAUCCAUAAUAAUUCAUUGAGUGGCAUGGUUUCUGAACGUCACUUUUCAAAGCUCGCCUCCUUGACUACCUUGUAUUUGUACCGUAACUCACUAGUUCUUGAUCUUCGUCCCACUUGGGUACCUCCUUUCCAAAUUCGAGAGCUUGCAUUGUUUUCUUGCAAAGUUGGACCCCAAUUUCCACUAUGGCUCCAAACACAGAAAAAUCUUUCAAUAUUAGAGAUGUCCAACACUAGCAUUUCGGAUAGAAUUCCGGAUUGGUUUGAAAGCAUUUCCUCCACUAUUGUAUUAUUGGACUUGUCUCUAAAUCAAAUUGGAAAAAACUUGCCGAAGCUGAGAAAAUCUUUCGAUGCUUCUUCCAGAUUCAUAUACUUGUAUUCCAACAAGUUCGAGGGUCCUCUAACUCCUUUUCCUUCAGAUGUGAUUGAAUUAGACGUCUCCAACAAGUUUCUUCGAGGCCAAAUCCCCCAAGAUAUUGGCAACAUGAUGCCACGAUUGACCCUGUUGCAUCUAUCCAACAAUUCCUUAAAUGGGAACGUCCCAGUUUCUUUAUGCAAGAUGGGGGGAUUGCGAUUUCUUGAUCUCUCAGAAAAUCAGUUUUCAGGAGGAAUUCCUAAUUGCUGGAGCAAGUUGCAGCAUCUACGCGUGAUGGAUCUGUCUAGUAACAUUCUGGAUGAUCAUAUUCCAAGUUCUCUGGGUUCUCUACAGCAACUUCGAUCUUUCCACCUGCGAAACAAUAGUUUGCAGGGAAAAGUACCUGCGUCGUUAGAGAAGCUAAAGCACUUGCACAUUCUUGAUCUCAGUGACAAUGUGCUAAAUGGUACGAUUCCUCCAUCGAUAGGUGAAGGGCUAUCUUCAUUGUCAGUGCUUGAUGUUCAUUCCAAUAGGUUUCAAGGUGAGAUUCCUCAGGAACUUUGCCACCUCACUUCUCUUCGCAUUUUGAGCUUGGCACACAAUGAGAUGACCGGAACUAUUCCCUCCUGUUUUCACAAUUUUACUGGAAUGAUUGCAAAUUUGUUCUCAAAGGAAGAACAAUGGCCAUAUGGUCCUACCAUAUUUGAUGAUAUUUAUGGGUUUCAGUCUGUGGUAUAUGAGGAGAAUGUUUUGGUUUAUAUGAAGGGAAUGCAGCUGAAAUACACCAAGACACUUCCGUUUCUCUUUUCCAUUGAUCUUUCAAGAAACAGGUUUGUUGGAGAGAUUCCAAAUCAGCUUAUGAAUCUGUUGGGGCUACAAAACCUGAAUUUAUCUAGAAACAAUUUUAAGGGGCAAAUUCCUUGGAAGAUUGGAGAUUUGAGACAGUUGCAAUCGCUUGAUUUGUCUAGGAAUGAACUUUCUGGCUUAAUUCCUACAAGCCUUUCUCAAUUGAAUUUCCUAAGUGCCUUGAACUUGUCAUUCAACAAGUUAUCUGGACGCAUUCCAUCAGGAAAUCAGCUCCAAACUUUAGAUGACAAAUCCAUCUACGCUGGGAACAGUGGACUUUGCGGGUUUCCACUAGACGACUGUCAAGAAGUGGCACUGCCUCCUGAUGAGGGAAGACCAGAAGAUGAGUUCGAAAUUCUUUGGUUUUAUGGCGGUAUGGGAGUGGGUUUUAUGACUGGAUUCGUAGGAGUUUCUAGCACGCUAUAUUUCAAGGAUUCCUGGAGGGGUGCGUUUUUUCGAUUAGUUGACAAAAUUUACAACAAGUUCCGAGUGAUGAUUGUGGUGAGCAAAAACCAUCUACCAAGAAAGAUUUAUGGAGACAGAUUUGGAGGACAUGCUUGAGAGGCAUAUAUUGAAAGAAAAGUUGAAUAAAGCUAUGCUCAAACUCAGGGGAAGCAUAGUUGUGCUGUGAUCGAUCUAUGAUGUCUGAGCAUGGAUGGAUUUGAAUCCAUUUUCGACAUCUUGCCUCAAUACUCGUGAUGCUAGAUGAAUGUCACCGGAACUUAUGUAGAUUUAUGUGAUAGCUUACAAUAACCAUAAUGAAUAGAGAGUUUCACUGAAACUUGUUUCAGAAAGUUCAUUUAUAAUUGGGACUUGGAGUCAAUUGUGAUUGGUAACUAAUAGCCAGUGCUGUUUCUUUU